UCCUCGAGUACCCAGGACCCAUCUGCUCAGGGGUGGCCACUGCCCACAGUGGUCUGGGUUCUCCCACAUCAAUUAUUAAUCAAGAAUAUGCCCCACAAACUUACCUCCAGGGCAGCAUAAAGUAGGCAUUUUCUCAAUCAAGGUUCCCUCAUCCCAAAUGACCCUAGUUUGUGUUGAACAGACAAAAAAACUAGACAGCACACAUUUUUCUUCGGUUGGGCGUUGACAGCUUGGGACUGGAAUUGCUGGGAGACCGGGUUGGCAUAAGUUUAGCUUUACUGAAAAACUGCCAGUUUCCCAAAGUAUCUCUACCAAGUAUGUUCCCUGAUUCAAGGAAUGCCAAGUUGCUCUGCUACCUCAUCUACACGGUCUGUCUUUUUCACUUCCGCCAUUCUGGCUGAGGAGGCCCGCUCCCCACUCGAAAGUCUGGCACGCACUUGGCACUGUCCAUGAGACUUGAAUGAAUGGAUGAACAAGUGAAGUUGGGCAGCGUAGAAUCCAGCAGCCUGGAGAGGGCAGACGCGCGCGCACACAGCAUUUCAGGGACGCCCACCCGCCGCGGACGCACACCAGGACAGUCCCUCUCGCGCACCCCUGUGCCCACGUGGCCGGAACGCACCGCCUCGCUCGGGCCGCGCGCGUCCAGCCGCACAGCUGUCCCCCGGCUCUCCCUCUCCGCGGCUGGCAGAGGGCGCUGUGCGUCCGUGCGCCCCGAGGGGCGGGCCCGGGCCGGGGCGGGGCGCGGUCGCAGGAAGCCAGGCAGGGACGCGCGGAGGCGUUGGGGAGCGAGGGAGGGCGCGGCCAACUCCCGGAGGGCCGGCAGGCCGAAAGAGCGGCGCCGGGGCCUGGCGCGCAGCCUGAGAUCGCCGGACCGCAGGCCGUCCCACCACGGGCUCAGUCCCGGCCCCAGCCCCGCCAGCAUGGCCGGCCGGACCGUGCGGGCCGAGACCCGGAGCCGGGCCAAAGAUGACAUCAAGAAGGUGAUGGCGACCAUCGAGAAGGUCCGGAGAUGGGAGAAGCGCUGGGUGACUGUGGGUGACACUUCCCUUCGAAUCUUCAAGUGGGUGCCUGUGGUGGAUCCCCAGGAGGAGGAGCGGCGGCGGGCAGGAGGCGGGGCAGAGCGAUCCCGUGGCCGGGAGAGACGCGGCAGGGGCACCAGUCCCAGGGCGGGUGGUCCCCUCAUCCUGCUGGAUCUCAACGAUGAGAACAGCAACCAGAGUUUCCAUUCAGAAGGUUCACUGCAGAAAGGCACAGAGCCCAGCCCUGGGGGGACUCCCCAGCCCAGCCGCCCUGGGUCACCCACUGGACCCCCAGAAGCGAUUGCAGAGGAUACUCAGCCCCCACAGCUGGGCCAAGAGAGAGACCCAGGGGACACACCCGCAGGCGGUACUGAUGACCCCCCGAAGCUGACCAAGGAGGAGCCUGUUCCAGAAUUGCUGGAAGCUGAGGACUCUGGAGUGAGGAUAACAAGGAGAGCCCUCCAAGAGAAAGGCUUGAAAACAGAGCCCCUCAGGAGGCUUCUGCCCAGGAGAGGACUCCGGACAAACGUCCGGUCUGCUUCCACAGUGCCAGACACCAGAGCUCCAGGAGGUGGGAGCAAGGCCCAGAGGGCACCCAGGACGAUCCCACAGGGGAAGGGGAGGUGAGCGGGCCCAUCCCGCAAGGUGAGGCCCUUAGGUCUUCUUUAGCUGCCCCAGGAUGCACUCACCUCCUUGCUUCAGGGUGGAGAGAGCUUCAGAGGUGGAUGCCUGCUGUGCAUACUUGGAGGUAGGCAGCCAGCCCUCCGCCUGUCCCUAACCCUAAAUCUGGAUCCAUCUUGCUUGUUGUGGGUCCCAAACUGUGGGGCUUGGGGCAGGUCACAGACAAGGAGCGCCUAAGGACGCCGCUGGGUGAUGCCUAGAAGCAACUUGAGUAUACAAAAGUAUGGACCCCGGGUCUACUUGGCCACCUCUACAAGCACCGGGGCAGUCAUCCGCCAGAGGGCCAGGCAUGGCCCCCAAGGUGGCACAUUCGACCUUUGGAACCACAGGAUCUACCCUGGUGAGCAGCCAGCAGUGUCUGAAGCAUUGGGCAGUAGGUGCUAGGUGCUAGUUUGCAGAGUCUGCGAAUGGUGUCCAAAUCCAUGCUUGUGUGGGAGCAUACCCGUGUAUAGACGUACCGCUCCGGCAAGCACCCGGCAGCCUCCCCUCCCUCACAGGCCUGUGGACGCUAGGCCUGCCGAUUAACCUUUGGCUCAAGAAGACACAUGCCAACCUUGACUGUCAGGCAAGGGGCACACAUGAUCGAUCUAGUGACCUCUCAGACCAGGCCACCACCUCCUGCUGGAGGACCCAAGUCCAGGGAUGGAUGGAAACUUAUGGUCCAGCCCUGAGCCUGCCAAACCUACCUGGAAACGACCCGUUUUGAGAAACCCAUGACAAACGAGCCAUCUGAGUGGCUCCAAGGGCUUCUAUCAACCUCUUGCCUCCUGACUUAACAACGCAGUGGGCCUGCCAUGCCAGGAAAUGGCUCCCACUUGUUGAGGGCUUCCUCUACCAUAGACUGCAGUUGUGGGAAUUAUUUAGUACAAUAUUCCAGUGUCAUAGAUCCUGUUACGUUUACAUUUUACAGAUACGGAAACUACAUAGCCAGGCGGUUGAAGAGCUUGCCCUAAGUCACACAGCCUGCCUGUGGCAGAACCAGCAUUCCGACAGCUCCCUGCCUGCCCCCAGACCCUGCUGGUAUACCACUUCUCACGCUGGGCUUACUGUGGGGCUGAAGCUGUGAGGUUAAGGCAUUCAUUUAUGGAGCACCCGUUUUCUCAGUGGAAAUUCUAUAGGACUUUUAACGUUUAAAGAAAUGUUUUUUAUUUAUUUAUUUUUUCUAUCUCACUCUGCAGCCUU